UAUCUCAAGAUGGAAGUCUGGGCCCAUGGGCUUGUCCAGAUUGUGAAGCGGGCCCUCGACCUCCUUUUCCCUUGCAUCUUCCUGGGCGGCAGUGGGUUUAGGACGGAGGUGGCAGGCGGGGGCCCCCGGUCUUUGCCCCUGCUUCCCUGAACCCGGCUGGACUGGCCUCGCCCACCCUGGGAAAAUUCCCGGAGGUCCCGCCCCUCGCUGGAGGAGAACUCCGAGACGCGUGCAAACGGGAUUCUGCGAAUGUUGACAUUAAAGGAAUACGCAAAUUCAGCGUCGUGGUCCCCGCAGCUUACUCGCACCUAUUUUUAUACCUAAGCCAAGAGGAUGGCAUUCCCUGUGGAUAUGCUGGAUAAUUGCAGUCAGGAGGAAUUGGAAAAUUCUGCUGAAGAUUACAUGUCAGAUCUAAGGUGUGGGGACCCUGAAAAUCCUGAAUGUUUUUCUCUUCUCAAUAUUACGAUUCCUAUUAGCCUGUCAAAUGUAGGCUUCGUACCUCUUUAUGGUGGAGACCAGACCCAGAAAAUUCUUGCUCUUUUUUCACCUGAGGACUCACUCACAGCUGUGGCACUUUACCUUGCUGAUCAGUGGUGGGCUAUUGAUGAUAUUGUGAAAACAUCUGUCCCUUCUAGAGAGGGGCUUAAGCAGGUGAGAACUCUUGGGGAGAGAGUGGUUCUGUAUGUUCUGAAUCGAAUUAUUUAUAGAAAGCAGGAAAUGGAGAGAAAUGAGAUCCCAUUCCUGUGUCAUAGCAGUACUGAUUAUGCUAAGAUUCUGUGGAAGAAAGGAGAGGCCAUUGGGUUUUAUUCAGUUAAGCCUACAGGAAGCAUAUGUGCCUCGUUUCUUACCCAAAGUUACCAACUGCCAGUUCUUGAUACGAUGUUUGUAAGAAAGAAAUACAGAGGCAAAGACUUUGGCCUUCAUAUGCUGGAGGACUUUGUUGAUUCCUUUACAGAAGAUGCACUUGGCUUGCGGUAUCCACUGACCUCUCUCAUGUACACAGCCUGCAAGCAGUACUUUGAAAAGUAUCCAGGAGACCAUGAACUCCUUUGGGAAGUUGAAGGUGUUGGACACUGGUACCAGCGAAUACCAGUCACCAGAGCAUUGCAAAGAGAAGCACUUAAAAUGACUGCAGUUUCUCAGAAUGAAGCUAAAAGACCUGUGCCUGGAGAGUAUGCGCUUGCAUCUGUUCCAGAAUAUGAAGUAGGAACCGAAGACAAUCAGCCAAGUGAGAUGCAGCUAACUAUUGAUUCUUUAAAAGAUGCCUUUGCAAGCACUUCUGAAGGUCAUGGUAAAACACCUGUUUCCACUCGUACUCGAAGUAGCCAUUUAAAACGGCCAAAGAUUGGAAAGCGAUUUCAGGAUUCUGAAUUUAGCGGUUCUCAAGGGGAAGAUGAAAAGACUCCCCAGACUUCACCUACAGCUUCAGUAAACAAAUUGGAGUCUACAGCACGCACAUCAGAGAGCUCAGAAGAAUUCUUGGAAGAACCUGAACAGAGUGUGAUUGACUUUGAGGAUGAAAGUAGUGAUAAAGAUGUUCGGCCAGCACCAGAAGCCCAGCCACAGCUGGAAAAGCAAGAUGGUGAAAAGGAAUCUGAAUUAGAGCCUAUGAAUGGUGAGAUAAUGGAUGAUACUCUUAAGACUUCACUUAUAACAGAAGAGGAGGACUCCACUAGUGAAGUUUUAGAUGAAGAAUUAAAAUUGCAGUCUUUUAAUUCCAGUGAAGACUCUACAAAUCUUGUUCCACUGGUGGUAGAAUCUUCAAAACCCCCUGAGGCUGUUGCCCAGGAUAAGACCUCACAUAUAACUGACUCAGAAAUGUUGCUAGAUGAAGGCCCAUCUGAUGACAAGGGGCACAGUGAGGAGAAGCUGCCUCUAGUCUCACGGAAGAAAGCCCAUUUUGGGAGUUCAGACAAUGUUACUACCAUCCCAAACGAAGAACGGUCCGACAGUGGUUUUCCAAACUCUGUGAUAGCUGAAUUCUCUGAAGAGUCCAUCUCUGAAAAUGUGUCGCCCAACACGACUUCCUCAUUGGAAGAUCAGGGUGAGGAGGGGGUCGCUGAGCCCCAGGAAACAUCCACAGCUCUUCCUCAGAGUUCUCUGAUAGAAGUCGAACUUGAAGAUGUGCCAUUUUCGCAGAACGCAGGACAGAAGAACCAGUCGGAGGAGCAGUCUGAAGCAUCUUCUGAGCAGCUGGAUCAGUUUACACAAUCAGCAGAGAAGACUGUGGAUAGCAGCUCCGAGGAGAUCGAAGUGGAAGUGCCUGUGGUCGACAGGCGGAAUUUAAGAAGAAAGGCCAAAGGGCACAAAGGACCUGCCAAGAAGAAAGCCAAGCUGACCUGAAUGAAGAAGAAAGGCAGAUGAUAAAUCCUCCUCUUUGUAACCUAACUGUUGUUUUUAAAAUAUGGCAAUUAAUAAAUAGCAUGGGGCAUAGGACAAAAAUUCCAAAUUUUCAAUUUGAACUUAUUUGUGAUGCCGUUUCCCACCCCACCCUCCCCAGUAGGACCUAGGAGUCACCGUUCUUUUUAAUUUUUCGGGCUAUUUUGUGUAAGUACAAUUUUUUUAAUUUUUAUUAACCAUGUUUCAAUUUUGGGAAACCAGAUCAUACUAUAUUUUCUUUAGCAGUUGGGGAUAUCUGACCCUUAAUAUUUCAGAAAAUAUAAAUGAAAAUACUAUGAGAGUCAUAGGGUUUCCAUCAAUUGUAAGGAUCACUGAAAUCUUUUAUACUAAGGGUUUUAAUAGUAAACUUGGUGAAGGUUCUAGAAGUUUUAUCUUAAAUAUCAAAACUAAUCACUGUUUUUUAAAUUGUAGGCAUGCUUAAGCAGAAACGUCAGUAAAUUAGGAUAAAUAUAACCUCAGCUAAAUGAGAGCACAAAUUCAGAAAUCUAUGGUCAGAGGUUCAUGAAGGUGGUAUUUUGGCCUCUUAAUUCUUAGCUGAGGUGCAGUUUCUUCCUUUGACUUCAAUGUCUGUGGAAAGAUCCAAACAAAAGCUGUUUCCAGCUCACUCUUUAUAACAUCUGAUGUUAAUGGCACCACUAGAGAUUUAACUCUGGCAUGUAGGCACUAGUAUUUAACAUUUCAUUUGAAGCUGGGGACUGUCUUUUCAUCCUCUUCCAGCUAACAUGCGUAGUACUUUCCACAGGUGAGAACCCUUCCUAAGGCUUCUCCUUAAUCCUGCCACUGCCUUUAUUCUAGAAUCUUCUUUAUAUUCCCCUCCGCUUUCUUCCACUUCGCUUAACACGUGGAGUAGUGAUUCCUGUGAAAAGAUCAGCCUGCCUGUCAGCUUAUGCCCUUGGCUUCCAUUUCUUUCGGUAGGUUUGAAACUGCGCCCCCAAUCUUAGACCUGGAUGGCAGGAAAACCUGCCUGAGGAGCAGGUCUUAACCUAUGAUUGUAAGAACUUAAGUCAGGUUGGAGUCUUGUUUGUCCCUUUGGGCUUGACCUGUUUUGUGAGGACAGGUUCCAAGCUAUCCUAGGUGAGUACAUUGUGUUGCUACAGCAAAAGGCUCGGAAAACUAAAAACAAAAAAAACUCUCAAUUUGUUUAUUUUUGUAUAGCAGUUUAUUUAAAAGUGAAUAAAAUGGUUAUUUUUAGAAUCCGAAGCGAAUCUUGAAACAGCCCUCCUCUUUGGAAGUAUUAUGUGUACUCAGAUUUUCAUUUAAGUUUGAACUUUGAGACCAUUAUUUUUUAAACUACUUGGUCCUUACAUGAAAAGAAAGGUGUUAGGACUUUUCAUUAUUUGAGGUGCUAAAGAUUGAUGUUAAAGGUUUAUUCAGUCUGCAGUUGUGAUGUCAUUAAGUUUUAUUUUGAGAUGUUGGCAUAUUAGAGAUUUAAAGUUGAGGUAAAAUCUUCAGCAGGCAAAAUAGCAAACCCUCCUUAUUCAAAUGUUGAAUAUUUGUAUCCCCUACAUUUUCUUUAGUUAUUGGUCAGAGGUAAGCCAGAUUAUUUCAUUCUAUGUGAAAAUUAAGCACUUUGGCCAUUUGUUUUCUUAACAGAUGCUAAUCAAGUGAAAGAAUAAGUGUGACUAAUACUAGCGUAUCUAUGAAAUGUUUAUGCUGUUUUAUACAUUUUGUGAGCAAUUUUUGUUCAUACCGCAAUUAGGGAAAUAAAGACGUAGUAAAUUCUUAACCUUUCCAUUUUUAAUUUCUUAAAAUAGAUUUAAACCCCUAACGUUUAGAUAGUAAAUUUUUUACUUGGAUUCUUCCUUGUUCUCUUUAAAAUACUUUUUUUUUACUUUAAGACUGAGCUCACUGACAACUCUUGAUGUGUGAAUAUAGCCUCUGAGUUUACAAAAAAGAAAUGUUGACUUCAUACGUGAGCACUGAUGACUAACAGUAUCAACUUAUACUUGGUAAACUUGUUUGGUAAACAGUAAGUGCAUUUUAAGCAAUUUUAAAACUUUGGGUUCAGCACACAAGAAAAUUUUUGUCAUAUAUUUUCUCGGGCAAAAUGUUUUAGAAUUUAUAGAUAGUAGAGACAAAAAAGUUAGGUUCCAUGGAACAACCUAUUGUUCAGUAACAAUGGGUUCUAGUACUGAGUACAGAAUUUGUAACAAAAUUUAUCCUCAAUAAGGAAUCUAAAUAAAAAUCUGAUUACUUCUACUUUUUGCAAAGGCAUUAGAAAAACUCUUGAGAAUUGCAGAGGACUGAAAUUUGAUUUCAACCAGGUAGUCUAGUUGAGUGUCCAGUCACUUUCUAGAGUCCUUUGUGAACUGUUUUUUUGUUUAGAAGUCUUAUUCGUGGAGAAGGGCGUUCACUUCGGUUUGUGUAAAUACAUAUAUAUUUCCUUGUGUAAUAUAAAGCAGACAGAUACUAGCAGAAUUUUAGUUCUACUUUCAAGUUUAAAUUAUUCAAUUGCUAGAUAUCACAGAAGUAUAUUUAAGAAUUUAUUAUAAAGUUCCUCUACAACUUUUAACAGUGAGAGGGUCUAUUAUGAUUUUUUAUAAAAUCAAAUAGCAUGACAGAAUGUCAAUCUUCUGCUACUUAAAAUGUGUCUAUAUUCAUGGUGUUUCCAUUCAGUGCAGAGAACUCUGGCAAGGAUAAAAAUUACUAGUGAUUUAAAAUUCACUUUUAGCUGACCACCAGAACAUCACCUAAAAUGGUUUCAGUGACUUUAGAAAAAUACCUUGAAGGUUUAUGAUUGCAUCAAUUGAGCCUUUACCUGGUACCUACACGUCUGCUCUUACAUUCUGCUUUACCCUUAGGGAUUACCUUCUAAGGUUUGGUCACACCAGCAAACUGAAACAGAUCUUAAUGUAAAUAAAGAGUUUAUACUGACAUUACUCAUCUGUGUAACAGUAUUUUAGAAAUUUCUGCCUUGUAUGUCCACUAGUAGCAAUAUGGUGUUUAAAGUGUUAUCCAGUCUUUUAUGGGUGUGAUUAGUUACACAAAUGUUUGUGCUUCUGUUUACACGAGUAUCAAGCUUUAUUUGUACAAGAUAGUUAACUUGCUUAUUUCCGGUUCUGAAAAAUAAGCUAACCUCAGUUCUGUAUCCAGUGCUUAUUACCUUUAGUUGAUUUUUUUUUCUUUCACCCUCCAAAUACUUGUCAUUCACACAUUACCCAUUUUUAUUAGUGGCAAAAUCAUUUGUUAAAAUCUAAUUGUAAGGAAGGCUCAGUUUCUGUUAUCCUGAAAUAAUUGUAAAGGAUAGUCAUUCCCAAGGAACUAGCCUUGCUUUUCCUAAGUGUCUCUGUAUUCUAAAACUUCUACUAUGUUUAUAGAAUUUAGAAAAGAUCUUACAUUAUUCAGAAUGGCAAGACUUAACCUAAGACGUUUGUUUUCUUGGUAGUUUUUACGUUUAACAGUAGUGAUUAAAUCUAUAUUUUGUGAUUGUUUCCUGGUGUUUUGAAAUUCCUUCCCUUUUCCCUAAUUUCAUUGGUGAAGAUAUGUUGAGAUGUUGAAUUUGUUUAGACACUGAUUUUGUUAAAGGCACAAUUAAUCACAUUGGUUGUACUUUCAAGACAGAAUUUAACAAAUAAACAGAAUUUAAAACAA